AUGGUUCAGACUAUGGAGCUGUGGGUGCAGCUGAAGCAGGCUGGGCUGGAGCCCUUUGGAUUGGGCCCACUCCCCCAGGCCCUAAGGAUGCCCCCGCCAGAGGAGAACCCAGGCCAGACCCUUAUGUCCUCAGGGACAGAACUUGGGGGUGUCAGAGAGCCAUUGUUGUGGAUCCGGGAGGAGUUGGGGAACCUGCGCCGAGUGGAUAUCCAGCUGUUGGGACAGCUGUGUCACCUGGGACUGGAGAUGGGGGCCCUGCGGGAGGAGCUGGUCACCAUCCUGGAAGAGGAGGAGGAGGAAGAAGAGAAGGAAGAGGAAGAGGGCAGCUGUGUUGAAGAAGAGGAAGAAGGGCCUCAGGGGAAGCAGGAGGAAGGACAUCCUGGGGCCUCCUAUCCAGCCCAGCACCUCCCUGACUUUGAGAUGACCAUCUGA